AUGUCGACGAGCAACGAAGCAGGGAAUGCGUUGCCCGACAGUGCCGGAUCUGUUGAACAGGAAUCGCCCGUCUUAUAUGGAGAACUUGUGCUUUUGGGUUACAACGGCGUUCUUCCGGACGGUAACCGUGGUAGAAGGCGAAGUAAAUAUAAAGUACAUCAACAAAAUUCUGCUAAUGGUUUAAAAUAUUCGAAACAUUAUGAUGUCGACGACGCUUCGAAUCCGAAUGCGACGCAGAAGCAAACUGUUGUAGAAUAUGAACUGGAUGAAGAAUAUGAUAUGUUUCAAAUUGGUCGAUCUUCAGAAAGGGCGAAUCAGUUUGUGGUAACUCACCAAGCUCGCCAAUGUAAUAGUGUUCGUGAAGUGUUUCAGAGUUCGGUUUCUCGAUUUGCUUGUCGUGUUCUUGUAUGCCGUUCGAAUCCUAAAGUUGUUCGCGUUUACGCCGGGGGAUUUGACUCCUCUCGAAAACUGUUUCUCGGCCAAAAUGCUAUUAAAUUGCAGAAUACAAGAGACUCUAAAUGUGUCGACGGUUUAACAACCAACGGUGUGUUGCUUUGCCAUCCGCGAGGGUCAUUCUCCGGCGGAGAGGCGAAAGCCGGCCUUUGGCAUGAAGUGUCCUUGUGCGGAGAGAUUCUUUCGCUACGAAACUCGCGCUCCGCCCACCAGCCCGGCGAAAUCCUCGAGGAUGAAACCAACGUUCUCCAGGACGGGUCGUUAAUUGACUUGUGCGGCGUGACUUUGCUGUGGCGCUCCGCCGACGCGCUGAAGGCGUCUCCGACGUCGCACACCCUGGAGGCGCUGGUGGAUGACCUGAACGCCGGCCGGCCGCAGUGCCCGGUCGGCCUCAACACGCUCGUCCUGCCGCGGACGCUGGCGAGCGUGGGUGGCGAGGACGGCAGGCACGCGCCCUACGUGUACCUCAAGUGCGGCCACGUGCAGGGGCUGCACGCGUGGGGGCGCGAGCGCGGCGCCGCAGGACGCAGGUGCCCCAUGUGCCUCGAGGUGAGCGCCGCCGUCAAGCUCUGCCUGGGCAGCGAAUCCGCCUUCUACGUCGACGUGGGCAAGCUGACGCACGCCUUCAACCCGUGCGGCCACAUGGCCACGGAGAAGACGGUCAAGUACUGGUCGAGCGUGCCGGUGCCUCGCGGGAGCAAUGGCUUCGAAGUCGUGUGCCCCUUUUGCGGCGUGCUCCUAAGUGGUUCGCCCGGUUAUAUUCGGCUGAUAUUUCAGGACAACUUGGACUAG